UCAGUUCCAAUUAGCCAAGAAUUGCAGAAUGGAUUUGCGCAGUUACUCGGGAGAGGAGGAGGAGGAGGGCAUCCUCAGAGCCGCCCCACCAGCCCUUGGAUGGGAAGAUCCUGACCUUUCUGGCAGCAGCCCAAGCGGGCUGGAGCUGAGCCAGGGGGACUUUCCGGACGAGUCCGCCGACUCUCUCGCUGACGAAAGUGGCCCCAUCCUGAGGUGCCUCAAGAGGAUCUACCGGAAGGCGAAGAAGGAAAAGACCAGGCGGCGAAGAACCAUGACGUCAGUCCCUGAUCUCUCUGCCAUGGCAACCAUAUGGGAAGAAAACGAGCCACCUGCUUCCAGGCAGGAGCCGGAGCGCUUGCUCGCAUCCUGGAGAAGCAGCAUGGACUAUUUCAACUCUAAAAAAGAGGAUGUUGUGAUGAAGAAAAGUUUUUUCCGGUUCCUGUCUGUACUCAGCAAGACAAUCAACUGGAGUAACAUGACCGAAUUCUUCAUGGAUAAUUUCACCUCUGAUGUUGUGGCCGCCAUAAGUGAGAUGAUCAAGAAAGAACUUCCAGAGCCCAACAUUGUCUGUCUUCAUGCCAUGGCCACCGUUAUUGACCUGAGCAAGGGGCAUAUAAUGAAAACCAUGGGAUCCUACAAGAAGGGUAUCUUACUCCGGACGUUCUUCAGGAGCGUCUUCUCCCUUUCUCCUGUGAAGGCAGGACAAGAGGAAGGAGCAGCUGAUCUUCAAUACACGAAGAGCCUCUUCAUUGGGACCUACCAGACCUUCAGCGACAUGCUCCAGCAGCUGAUGGUGGAGAACCCAGUUCCUUCUGAGCUGGAGAGGAUGUUACAGCUUUUGACUCCUUGGCUGCAGUCUCCCGAGGCCGACCUGCGGGAGAGGGCGAUAUGGAGCAGCGCUUCACUCCUCAGUUUUGUGGCCACCAAAUUACAGCUGGAUACGAUGUCCAAAUUUGCUCGGCUCGGCCACUUAGUAGCCGUGUUGGGCAUUUGCUGUGGAGACCCUGUCAAGUCCAUCAGCUCCAAGGCGGCGAAGAGCGUUCACCUCCUCCUUGCCAUUGUGCUGGGCCAAAAGAUUGCGAGGCUGGACGAGAAGAAGAUCCACAUGGACGCCAUCAAACGGAAGCACACCGAGUUCCUGGAAUCUUGGAAUCCCCUGGUGUUCCUCAAAAACCCCUCCAGGGUUGCAGAGGUCUUUGGCGUCUACUUCAGUCCAAGGGAGAAAACGGAUUUCAUCCUGACAGCGCUGGAUGGCCUCACAGAGCAUUCCAGGAGUGCAUGUUGUGCAACCACGGAGGGGCUUCUGGCUAGCAUCGCAAGGCACUGCGGUCCUGAUAUAGAGAAGGUGUCUGACAUUGUGGAUGGGAUUUGCAGCCGCCUUGACAUGAUCCGCCAGCCAAGCGCCAGAAGGCUGGUGAUGAAGUUUGUGGGCUUGUUGGCUGGCAGGACGGAGCACAUGGACACCGUGAUCUCAGGCCUUCUAGAAUAUUCCUUCCCCAUGGACAGCCGCCUGGACCUGAUCCGCCAGCCAAGCACCAGAAGGCUGGUGAUGAAGUUUGUGGUCUUGUUGGCUGGCAGGACGGAGCACAUGGACACCGUGAUCUCAGGCCUUCUAGAAUAUUCCUUCCCCAUGGAUAGCAAUUUUUCCGAGCUGUGGCAGUCCCUCUCCAGCGAGGAGGUCAUGGAAGAACUCCUGAUGGAGAACCUGUUAGGAAGGCUGAAGAACCACCACUGCACGGAGCCGCAGGUUUCUUCCACGUCUCUUGCCAUCACACAGGCCCUCUACGAAGUCCUCUCCGUGCCCGAAUCCACCGAGGUCAUCCAGCGGCUGUAUCCUGAGCUCCUGGCGGCUUUUCUGGCUGAACUCUAUUUCUGCAACCAGGCCACAGCCUGGCCGGACGCGAAUCCCCUCAGGAGGGAAAGUGGGCCGAGGGAAGGCCUGGCGAGCUUUGCGGUGGAGGCGGUCAAGCUGCUGCUGCUCCGCCUCGGUUGCCGAUAUGAGGUCACAUUCAUGGAGAAGAUGCGAGGCUGGGCCAUGCUUCAGAGUGCCCGGGAGGUGCUCCAGGGGGUCGCCUUGCUCGCCAGAGCGCUCAUGCAUUUUGCUUGCCCAGAAACCACCCGGAUCCUGGACUUCUUCUUCUCCUUCCUCGGCAAAGGCAGCGAGAAACUCAAGCCCACCACCAUCGCCUUUUUCAUCGAGCUCCUCCACUGCCAAGAUAUUGAGCAGCUUCCAGCUGAGCCGAUUUUCGGGAGUGUGGAGGACUGGGCCAGAGACCCCAACCCGGAUCUCCGUUCCCUGAGUUUACGAGCGCUUGGGAUCCUGGCCAUCCAUCCGGACAAGGUGGAGGAGGUGAAGGCCCAGAUGCCCACCCUUCUGGGCAGCCUGGAGGAGACCGAGGUUGGCGUCAUCGUGGAGGGCAUCACGGCCAUCCGGAGCAUCCUGAAGUUCAUGCAGAGGAACGAUAUCGUCACUCUAGCUGAUAAGCUCCUUCCCUUAUUCAACAAUGUAAGACGUGGGGGUCCUUCCCAGAAUCUGGGGAACAUCACCAUUCUGGUCAUUCGACUCCCCGAAUCCCCCACCCAAGAUGUCACAUUCCGAAGCUCUGAUCCUCCCAAUCCAGACGGUGCCUUCCAACUUCUGCCCCAGAAUAUCCUUCUAUCCCUAUCAUAA